AUGUCGGACCAAAUUUUAAGUCAUGGCCUGUUAAUUAACAAACGAGGAAUUCAACUUGCAGAUUUGCCAAUAUGCGAUUUUGAAAUUCAAACUGAAACUAUAGAAAAAUCUCAAAUAAAGCUAAUGUUUUCUACAAAACGUCUAGAUUCAUUCUUAUUGAAAAAUCAUAUAGAUCCUUCAGUAAUAAAUUCUGAACAUGAUAAUUGGAUUUUUGAUACUGUUUUCAAUGAAAAUUUUUUACCAGAAAAUUUACCAGUUUAUAUAGGAAUUUUAUGCUCACGAGCAGAGUUGGUUUUCGAAAAUAAAAAAAUCAAACCAUCCGAUGAACUAAAUAAUGCAAUGAAACAGGCGCUGAAACAUAACAAUCCCUACCACGAAAUAAUCAAUGUAUUUAAAGACUAUGGAUAUUUUUUGCCUAAAAAGGUCAUUCUUGGUCAUAAAUUAUACAGAAUAACUUAUUUAAUUGCAAGGGAAGAUUCACCACUAGAACCACACUUUCUUAGAUCAGAAUGGACACAUUUUAAUGAUUCUACAUUAUUUGAACAUAACGACAUUUUGGAUCAAUGGGAAGAUCUUAUAAAAUUACAUAAUUUUGAUACGUCCUUUUUAACAUCAAUUAAUGGUGAGGAUGUUAUGAAAGAUAGAUUAAAAGAUUGGGCGGCAUCUUGCUUAAAAAGUGAUCUUAAUUCAUUACAAAUAAUCAGUUGGGAAAAAUUAUAUCCAUUAUAUGAAAUAUUUGAUGAGCCGCUUAAUAAAGAGAUAAAGUUUAUACUUGGAUCUGAUGAUCAAACAAAAAAAUUUGGGGUCAAAGAAAGAGUGCUUCUUGCAGGAGAAAUUCCAAUCAAAAACUCUACAUACCAUUAUCGUGUAAAAUAUUCCGAUCACCUAAAUUCCAGUAAUUAUAAAAUUUUUGGAAAACUUGUAACUCAAGAUUAUAAGCAAAUUAAUGUGGCAAUUAAGUUUCAAUCUAUGAAUCGAUUUGGGUUCACCAUAAUAAUUGAAAACCUCGAUUUAGCAGAGCAUACAGAUUUGAAAAUAAUUUGGAUAUUGAUUGGAUUACCUUCUGAGAUCGGAUUUUAUAGCCCAAAUACACGAAACAUUAAUGUAUCGGCGUUGGAUAGUUGCUCAUUUGCAUAUGAUAAAAUUUUGUCAUUGCAAGUUCCUAAAAAUCUGCCGAUAAACUCAAUUAUGUGUACAAAUCUUACAUAUCCACCAUCAGAUAAAGCGAAUUUCAAAGUUAAAAUCCAAACCUAUUGUGAUAAUAAAGUCAAUAUAUUAAUAAAAAAGGAUAUUAAAAACAUUUAUUAUGAUAAGAAUGAAGGCGGAAUAUCCAAAGGAAAUCAAGAUGCACAAUAUUUGCUCCAAUGGUGUAUUAUUUUUUUUCCGGAAAAUGAUAAAAUCAAUAUCAAUUCUGAUUCAAUUGGUGCAUCAAUUUGCUUAAAUGCGAUAGGCCAACCCAUUUAUACCGCACCUGAAGAAGAUCUCAG